AAUAAACCAAACUGGAGCAUGUGGAGAAAUGGAGCAACUUUUUGAUCCCAUUCCCACCUACUAUAGUUGGCCGUUACUAACUAGUAUUUCUAUCACUCUCCAAUUUUAAUUUUCUGAUAUAUAUUAUUACCCAUCAUCAUCAUUAAUCAUUUGUUCAACUCUCUGAUCCAUAUCCAUGGCAACUCAACCAAAGAAGAUCAUCAUAGACACUGACCCUGGAGUUGAUGAUGCCAUGGCUAUAUUCCUUGCAUUGAAGUCACCUGAAGUGGAGGUGAUUGGACUGACUACUAUAUUUGGGAAUGUUUAUACCUCUCUGGCUACUAAGAAUGCCUUGCAUUUGCUGGAGGUUGCAGGGAGGACUGAUAUUCCCGUUGCUGAGGGAUCUCAUGUCACAAUUACUAAAGGUACGAAACUUCGUAUUGCUGAUUUUGUCCAUGGUAAUGAUGGACUUGGCAACCAAUAUUUCCCCCCACCAAAAGGGAAGCCAAUCGAACAGUCAGCAGCUGCUUUUCUGGUUGAACAAGCAAAUCUUUACCCUGGAAAAGUCACUGUGGUGGCAUUGGGUCCACUUACAAAUAUUGCACUGGCUAUCGAGUUAGAUCCUGCAUUUGUUAAAAAUAUCGGGCAGAUUAUUCUACUUGGUGGUGCUUUUGCAGUAAACGGGAAUGUGAAUCCAGCAGCAGAGGCAAAUAUAUUUGGUGAUCCAGAUGCUGCUGAUAUUGUUUUCACCUGUGGAGCAGAUAUUUUGGCUAUUGGGAUUAAUGUUACCCAUCAAGUUUUCAUAACAGAUGAGGAUCGAAAUAAACUGGCACAAUCAAAUGCAAAAUAUGCUCAGUACUUGCACAAGAUCUUAGGUGUAUACUACGAUUAUCACCACGACGCAUACAACAUGAGAGGAGUCUAUCUUCACGAUCCAACUACUCUUCUUGCCGCUGUUGAUCCUACGCUUAUGACCUACAUAGAGGGUGUCGUUAGAGUCCAAACCACCGGCAUUUCAAAGGGACUGACACUAUUGUUUAACAAAAAGAAGAGAUAUGCUGAAGUCACCGAGUGGAAUGAUAAACCGUCGGUGAAGGUUGCUGUGACGGUUGAUGGUCCGACAGUUGUGAAAAUGGUAAUGGAACGGCUUUUGGAAUCAUAAAGAUUUCAUUCAGGUAGAAUGAGGUGGUAACUGAGGAGAGUAGAUAUGUAUUGCAGCUGUUGUUUCUUAUGCAUUUCUAAUGCCAUUGUUGACUAGUAACUGUGCAUUGUAUUUAUCUUCCGUUGCUUCGACUCUAUAGCUAUUGUAUUGAUCACAUAAUAAAGCUUUCUGCUUCUUUCCAGCAAA